CUAACAGUUGUCACUGUCAAUUAAAAAGCGAAAACAACGACAACCAAAAAACAUUAAUUUUUACAAUGAUAAAAUGGAGAUAUUGCGAAGAUUUGUGCCAGCAAAUCCGUUAAGAUUGACAGCAACGAGAAUAAUAUUAACUCAUGUAGCUCAUUAUACUAGACUAGCUGAAGUAGGAAAAUUAGAAGCUCCUAAAACUUCUGGUAAAUAUGAAACGGGUCAACUCAUUUUACACAAAGUGUUUGGUUAUCGAGGAGUUAUAUUAUUCCCAUGGCUUGCAAGAGUGUAUGAUAGAGACGCAAUAAAUAAAAAGGAAAACUCAGAUCCUUCAGCUGCAGGCGAAGCCUCUGGCGAUACUUUAUCCAAUGUUGGCAAGGAAGUAAAGGGCAGAACUCAUACAUUUUACCAAGUCCUAAUAGAUACAAGAGAUGCACCUUAUAUAACUGUGCAAACAACAAACGACAUGAGACCAGAAUGGAAGAAGAAGCGUGCUCAAACCGAAGCGGUGACAUUCCUCGGUAAUCAGGAAUCGAGCCGCAGCCUAUACGCAAUACCUGGCUUGGAUUACGUAGCCCAUGACGACAUUAUACCAUACGCUUCCGUGGAACGGGUGCCCCUGCAACAUGAGCUGUUUGACAAGUUUUUAAUGCACAACCCUGAUAAAGACCCACCCUUCAUCGCGCAAGAGACACUACGCGCAUGGCAAAAAAAGAACCACCCGUGGCUCGAACUAAGUGACGUUCACCGUGAGACCACAGAGGGCGUCAGAGUCACCGUCAUACCGUUCUAUAUGGGCAGUCGGGAGUCGCAGAACUCGGCUGUUUAUUGGUGGCGCUAUUGCAUCCGAUUAGAGAACCUCGGUCCGCAAGCGGUACAACUGCGCGAGCGGCACUGGCGCAUCUUUUCCCUCAGCGGCACUCUGGAGACCGUACGGGGGCGCGGCGUGGUCGGGCAGGAGCCGUUGUUGGCCAGACACGCGCCCGCCUUCCAGUACAGUAGCCAUGUGAGCUUGCAGGCACCCAGCGGGCAUAUGUGGGGCACAUUCAGGAUGGAACGCGAGGAUGGGUACACAUUCGAUUGUCGGAUUCCGCCGUUCUCGCUGGAGAGCAAACCGGACGAAGGUGCGCCAGUAGCGCCAUCUUCUGCCGCCUAAACGAAACAACUUAGAUGCAAUUACCAAUGACCGUUUACCACAGAUUAUACACGAAUAUAGAUAAAUAAUAUCUGAAAUGUCAAAAUAUAAAGACACUUUGAAUGACAGUUAUUUUCUUGUCUGAAUGGACAAGCAAUUUUAAUAAAAAAGCUCGAGGCUCGAGAAACAUGUCACUUAGAUAGUGCUUACUAUUUUGUGCUGAAUAAAAAUUAAAUAAAAAAAUAUAGCUCCUCAUCAACAAAAAAAAAGGAAAAUCAUUCACGAAGAUACUUCACCUAAGUCAUUAUUUAUUUAAAAGCUCUUUGAUAGAUGCUAGAGGUAGACUGUGUCCUCAAUUGAAAUUUUAGUUAUGUAAUAUAAUUUCUAGAUCUAAUAAAUUACAGUAUUCUGUU